AUCGAUUAUAUCUUUGUAACCAAAAAAAAAAAAAAUGGAUUCAAAUAGUAACAACACCAAAUCCAUAAAGAGAAAAGUUGUCGACCAACUUGUCGAAGGCUAUGAAUUCGCUACUCAGCUUCAGCUUCUCCUCUCUCAUCAACACUCUAACCAGUACCACAUCGAUCAGACCCGUCUUCUUUCCGGGUCGGGUUCAGUUUCCGGUGUUCCAGAUCCCGUUGAUGAGCUCAUGUCUAAGAUCUUGGGAUCUUUCCAUAAAACUAUAUCGGUUCUUGAUUCUUUUGAUCCUGUCGCUGUCUCUGUCCCCAUCUCCGUCGAGGGUUCAUGGAAUGCUUCAUGUGGGGAUGAUUCGGCGACUCCGGCGAGUUGCAACGGUGGAGAUUCCGGUGAUAGUAAGAAGAAGAGAUUAGGGGUUGGUAAGGGUAAAAGAGGAUGCUACACUAGAAAGAAGAGAUCACAUACAAGGAUCGUGGAAGCUAGAAGUUCUGAAGAUAGAUAUGCUUGGAGGAAAUAUGGACAAAAGGAGAUUCUUAAUACCACAUUCCCAAGAAGUUAUUUUAGAUGCACACACAAGCCAACGCAAGGAUGCAAAGCAACAAAGCAAGUACAGAAAAAGGAGCAAGACCCUGAGAUGUUCCAAAUCACAUACAUUGGCUAUCACACAUGCACUGCCACUGACCAAACGCACGCGAAGACCGAGCCUUUCGAUCAAGAAAUCAUUAUGGAUUUGGAAAAGACAUUGGCUGCAAGCACUGCUCAGAACCAUGUCAAUGCUAUGGUGCAAGAGCAAGAGAACAACAUCAGUAGUGUGACAGCUGUAGGCGCAGGCAUGGUUAAGGAGGAAGAGAAUAACAAUGGUGAUCAGAGUAAAGAUUAUUGUGAGGGCUCUUCGACAGGUGAUGACUUGUCAUUGGUUUGGCAAGAGACGAUGAUGUUUGAUGAUCAUCAAAAUAACUACUAUUGUGGUGAAAUCAGUACUACUUCUCAUCAAUUUGGUUUCAUCGACAACGAUCAGCUUUCCUCCUUAUUCGACUCAUUUUGUGCCUGAUUAUGAAAGAACAAGUGCUAUAUGAACAUCCAAAUCUGGAUUGAUGAAUCAGCAUCAGGUUUUCUCUUUGAGUAUGUUUAGUUUAAUGUAAUAUUUUUUUUGUAUGUUUGAUAAAAACACCAUAUACUUGGGUCUCUUUUCACAUAACUGUUUACAUUUUUUGACUUAUGUAAACUGACACUAGAUAAAUGUUUGUAUCGGAU